AUGACGGCAAAGAACUCACCUCAGCACACCAUGCGCGCUACCUUGAGUCAUCAACAACGGACCAACGCCACACAAUCGCCAGCCACCUUGGGCGUCAGGACGGACAUGAUGGAAACAUUCAACACCAUGGCUCCGGAACAGCAACAACAACAGCAGCAGCAGCAGCAGCAGCAGCAGCAGCAACGCUCUUUCACCGUCCAAGAUCCUCAACCAUACUACACCCAGCUCUCCGCCGUCAGCCAACAUCAAUACCAGUCGCCCGUCAUGAACCAGACGGCCUGGUCCUCACCACAGUCCAUCACGACAGAUGAAUUUGACAACUACUCAUACCGCGGCCAAGCCGUUCACUCGAUAUACAACUCGGCCUCUCUCUCGCCGCGAAGCUGGGCCUCAUCAACCCAGACUCCGCCACCGAUUCAAGCCUCUCAGUACGAGCUGCCCGUUCGUUCUCAUGAACCGCCAUUUGGGCUCGUCAACGACCAGUUGACAAUGUCGCCAGAAACAUUGCGCGGAACGGACCUGAAUGUCUCUCUCCACUAUGGUAGCGGCGGCUACUCACACGGCUUUGACCAGCGCCAUUUCGACCCCGAGCCCUUGCAGCGCACUCUGGAGAGCGAAAGGCUUCACCAUGCGUCUUCGCCCGGCACCGACGCCCCUGGAUCCCCCUACGGCGGGUCCCCGACCGAAUUCCACGGCGGCGACUUGCCCGAUGGUAUCCAGGAUCUUGGUGGCCAGAGUCCCCCUCCCAAGGUCAACCCCCAACCAGACGCUGCCAACAGCAACAACGACGGCCCGCCGUACGCCAAGCUUAUCCAUAAAGCCCUCAAGGACGCGCCAGACUACUCCAUGACUCUCCAAGAGCUCUACAAGUGGUUUAGAGACAACACCAACAAACCCCAGAGAACCGAGAAGAACGGGUGGCAGAAUAGCAUCCGCCACAACCUCAGCAUGAACGACGCGUUCCAGAGGAGAGAAAAGGAGAGCUACACUCAACCAGAUGGCCACACGUCUAGCGAGAAGCGCGUGUCUGAGUGGUAUCUCAACCCCAAGUACCUUGACGACAUCCUGCCAACCACGCACUUCCGCGAUGGCAACCGCGGCGGCUCCUCGCGCAGCCUCCUCAGCCGCCGUGCCUGCAACGCAGCUGCCAAUGCCAACUCGUUCGGCGGCGGUCCCAUGGGCAUGAGUAGACGCAACAGCCCUCCCCGUUCCUCCACCAUUACUCACUACCCGAAUCCCGACUACCCCAACCGCUCAAUGCCCGGCCGCGCCAUGUCUGGACGCCGUGGAGGCCGCGCCACGACGAACUCCCGCAACGCGAGGCGCCAGCGAUCCCAGACCGGUUCCAUGAGCCCCGUCAUGGCCUCGCAGCAUCACCAGCAGCACCACCAUCAUCACCAGCAGCUCCCUCCGCAUAUCCAGGGGAUGCACGAGGAGAUGAUGCGACGGAGUCAGGCGGCCAACGAGCAGUGCUUCCAGCAGCGUGAGGUCCAGGCCCGCGGCGGUCCUCUGAACCUCAACCCCAUUCCUCCCGCCGGUCCUGUCAUCGUUGGCAGCAACCCCGGCGGCAGCAACAUCACGACUCCCACCAGCGCUCCCGGUUCCUUCAUGGCCGCCGCGGCCCAGCCCUACCAGUUCCAAGCCUACGCCAUGGCUGAUGUCUCUGGGGUGUACAGCCCUUCGACACCCACCGACGGUGCCAUCUACGGCUGGGGCUCCACCGCCCAGUUGUGA